GACUGGGGGGUUGGGGGGGCCGGGACUCCGGGCCUAGAGGACACGAGGGCAAGGGCCAGGACGUGGAGCCCAGCGUCCCCGGGAAGAAGAUACGGGGUGUGUAAGCGGAGGCCGCAACGGUCCCAUCAGCGCCGAACCCCGCCGCGCGCGGAUGGAGGUGGCCAGCGCGCGCUGGGGCCGCGUUGCGGCGAGGCCGCGGCUGGAACUCCGCGCCUCCGAGAGCCUCCGGGCUGAACGGGCCAGGGAGACGCCGGGACUCCCGCGGCAGCAAUGCCUCUCGCGGCCUCGGAUCCCCGGAGGGCGGCGUCUGUGACCGAGAGCCCCGCGCCCCCUGGUGGCCGCGGACCUAAGGUGACAGAUGUACCCUGCUUAGAGAAGAGCUCUGGCACCACCCCCCCUGCAGAUUCUCUCAUACGCCACGCCAAGGGCCUGGGCCAGGACACCUUCAAAAUUUGUAAAGAAUAUCUAAGGCCACUGAAGAAGUUCCUGCGAAGAUUGCACCUGCCCAGGGACCUUCCCCAGAAGAAGCAGCUCAAGUACAUGAAGCAGAGCCUGGUGGUCCUAGGGGACCACAUCAACUCCUUUCUGCGGCUCUACUGCCAAACCUGGGAAGUCAAGCACUGGAAGAAGAUGCUCUGGCGGUUCGUUUCUCUCUUCUCAGAGCUGGAGGCCAGACAGCUCCGCCGGCUCUACAAGGACACCAAGAGCCACCAGGCGGCCACAUUCCUGGUGAGGCGCUUGGGAAGGCUCCUCCCGGGCCCAGCUGAGGGUUGGCUGCUGUGUUCUUGGAUUGUGGGGGGUGGCCUGGGGCUGAGGGGCCCUCUGAUACCGCCAGCAUCCCUCGACUUUUUUGCACACUCACUGCCUCAGGAAGGCCCCGCUACCCCCUCCCUUUAUCCCGACCAGGGGCGAAGUGGGCUGAAGAGGGCAGAGGCUCGGCUUCAAGUGCUCGGUACUUCCUCACACUCCACACCCAUACCCCGGUGUUGACAGUGCAGGGACAUUCCUGGGAAGCUGUGGGUGGGGGUGUGGAGGCCGGGCAGAGAGGCACAGGCAGCCUGGGGAGGGCCCCAAGGGCUGUCCACAGAGCCUGGCCUGGCUGUGUUCAAAAACAGUGACUCUCCGACCUUGUGGACUCAAGUCAUGCUCCCCCUCUUAAAAAGCUAUGGAGAAGCCCCCAGAGCAUUCGUUUAUGUAGGUCAUGGCUAUUGAGAUUUGCCCUAUUAGAAAUUAAAACUACAGAAACAAUUCAAAAUAUGUACUCACUAUUCCAUUUAAAAAUAAAAACAAGGAGCCUGUUACAUUUUAA